AUGAAAGAAAUCAUCGAGAGGACAAGGAUAAAGGGGUAUCCAUCACAAGCGCCCCGCAUGGCAGUCCAAAAUUUGAGAAGCGUGGUGGGUGUAUUCAAAUACAUGCAAGAGCCAGAAGUCGCACAGAUCUUCAAGGACGAGAAAAUCAGAAUAGGCACCGUCAUCGAUGGCAUCGACAGGGAUCUCCCCCAACUCCCCACACUCGGCCUGGGAGCUAGGUGGGAUACCUACAUGGACGAAGUGUUCGCGACGGCCAGAGACAAGGGUAUCAGCUUCAUGGAUGAUAUCCAGCGCUUGAAAGAUGAGUAUACUUCUCAAGCUGCAAAAGAUAAGGCCAAGGACAAUCCCCAGAAGACCCCCGCGGAGAGGGACGAGAUCGCCAAGUGGGCAAAGCUGCGGAAGGAGACUGACGCGUAUACCAUGGCGCUCGAGGCGGAGUGGAACAAUGUCAGGAACUGGGCAAGGCCGUGGUAG